AUGGACUUUUUCCACAUAUAUCUGUUGGGAUACCAAAAUUCCUUUCGAAACAAAAAAGUGGUGACAAUUGAAGAAACAAACCAGGAAGAAAAAAUACCCACCAGGUUUCCCCCAAUUUUCUCAGAAGAUGGGAACUAUCCUGUGCACCAAAAUAGCCAUAAAAAGUACCAGGAAGCAGUCCGGAAGGUUUUGUUAAAAACAUUCCCUAACCAGGUCUUCAGAGUGCCCAUGACUGAUGCUCAGAACUUCAGCUUCUGGCGGUCUCCGGCUCCAGGAGUGCUCCCCGAAGAGACCAUGCCAUGGAUCCAGAGCCCCCGCUACUGCCUCAGCAAAAGUCCAAUGACCAGAUUUAUGGAUCACUCUCUUCUCAAUGACAGAACCUUCAGUCUAUACUGAGAAGAACACAGUUGCAGAAAGACAAGAUGGAGUCUGGAAGGAGGCAAUGAGGGGGUGUCCGGGUUCCCAGGACUGAUGGGGCAGGGACCUUAAGACACAGUAAAGAGAUCACACUGACGUCAGCUAUGUGUACUGGGAGUGGGGCAGGGGGCGAGGAAUGAUUCCAGCACACGCCUGCGAGAUCAGAUGUGGGAGAAAUACUCCAUGGGGCACACCAGGAGUGUGGCUGGAAAGGCCACCACAGGGGGUCCUGGCCUCGUGCACAGCAGGGGUCCAGGAGCACCGAAGGGCCCUGCAGCAGCCCC